AUGGCAUCCCGCGAAGGUUCCCCCCUGUCCUCCAUCGGCACCGCCGAGGACUCGGAUCACGACUCCGUGAAGCAAGAGAGCCGCGCUCAAUCGCCCUCAGCUGCCAACAUGCCCCCAUCAAAGCGCCGCCGUACAGGAGUAGCCUCCUGGGACCGGCAAACCCCCAUGUCCUCUGUCCAGGACGAGCUCCCUCCUCCACCCUCGCCUACAGCCUCCAUCUCCUCCGAUACCUCCGGCGACCUCCCGAACUCGCCUACUCUCCUGGGCGCUGCACUAGGAAACAACCAAGACGACGAUUACAGCGGCCAGAGUGGCGACCAAGUCACUGUGUGCCGCUGGGAUGGAUGCACCGCUGGCGACCUCGGCAAUAUGGAUGGAUUGGUGCAACAUAUCCAUAAUGACCAUAUCGGGAGCCGGCAGAAGCGGUACUCGUGCGAGUGGACCGAUUGCUCCCGCAAAGGCCAAACGCAUGCCAGCGCAUAUGCAUUGCGAGCGCAUAUGAGGAGCCAUACUCGAGAGAAGCCCUUCUACUGUACCCUCCCUGAGUGUGAUCGUAACUUUACCCGCUCGGACGCCCUCACAAAGCACAUGCGCUCUGUUCACGAACUCGACAACCUCCGUUCAGCCGACGCCAAGGGCGGAAUCACCGGCACCCUCACCGGUACACCAGCCUCGAAGCUCCAACGCAUCCGCCUCAAGCUCUCUCAACCCGCAAAAGAAUCCGGCAGUGAGCCCGAACAAAUCACGGAGCCACUUCUGUCUAGCAUUACGGCCAAUGACGACGCAGAGGACACAAGCAUGCCCGACUUGGGACCUGAGCUCGGCUUCGAUGACCGCGAGCUCGCCAUGGCUCCGCACGAUCUGUAUCGGCUCCUGCGACGCCAGAUCUUUUGGGCUGAGAAGGAGACAGCGCAGAUGAAAUUCGAGUGGGAUGGCUUACGGCCAAAGCGCGAGCAGGCCUGGCUCGAGAAAGAGGCUAUCUUCGAUGAUGUGAUCGACGCAGAGCUGCGGCUGUUCAGCGCUAUUGUCGGCGAUAUCGGUGGUCCUGUGACAAACCCGGGAAACCUGGCGACUAGUCUCGAAAAGUUGCAGCACCAGCAAUUACAGUUCAAGCAGCAGCAGGAGCAAUUGCAGGCCAAGUCGACGGAGGCGGCGGAGACCGAGGUUGAUGCCGCUUGA